CACUUAACAACCAGGUAGCAACGCAUUUACACCACACUUAGACAUAUGACCAUAUGAACAGAUAUAACACUAGAAGUGCAACUCAAAGGCAAAAUGAAUAGCUGGGAUGAGUCUCUUGGGAGUGAAACAGAUGGAGAGAACAACAGCCAGGAGCAAGACAAUCGGCCAGAAACAUCCCAUAACAAGAACUGUCUCCUGUCUCAUCCAUGGAAACCCUGCAGACGACCGCAUGCAAUUGUCAAAGAGUGGCUGCUGAGGCUGAGGUUAUGCCUGGGAACAGUGUGUGGCAUGGAGUGGUAUGGCUACGCUAUUCUAGGCAUUUCGACUGCCAUCCUCAGCUUCCUCAUGGACCUCAGUGUAACAAAGCUACUCACAGCUCACCAGUGGCUUUAUAUGAAGCUGGAGGGCAACAUUCUGCUGCAGUUUUUCUGCUGGACUCUUUAUCCAGCAUGCCUCUGUUGUUUCGCAUCAUCGUUCUCCCACAACAUCUGUCCCUUCUCCACAGGCUCAGGGAUACCAGAGGUGAGAACCAUGAUGGCUGGCAUUGAAAUGCCACAUUACUUAUCUCUCACUAAUAUGUUUACCAAGUUCUUGGGCCUUAUCUGUACCCUUGCAGCCGGCAGCACUGCUUUUCUGGGUAAAGUGGGUCCAUUUGUACAUCUUUCCACCAUGCUGGGAGCCUACCUGAGCAAGCUCUGCACUCUUAUACAAGCCAAUAAGAUGGCGAAAGCAGAUGAUGAAAUGUUGGUUGUAGCUGCUGCAGUCGGCGUAGCCAGCUGCUUUGGAGCUCCCAUUAGUGGUGUGCUGUUCAGUGUGGAGGUGAUGAGUUCUCACUUUGCUCUCAGACAUUACUGCCCAUGCUUCUUCUCAGCUGCCUGUGGGGCGUUGACCUUCCGCCUGCUCUCAGUGUGGAGUGGAGAUGGAGAGACGCUUCAGGCAUUGUUCAAAACUAAUUUCCCCACUGCUGUACCUUUCUACCCGUUCGAGAUUCUGCUGUUUGCCUUCCUGGGGCUGCUGUGUGGGGCUGUGAGCUGCUGCUACCUCUUCUGCCAUCGACUGAUUUUGCGUUUUACCAAAACAAACAGAGUGUUCAUCAAGAUGUUGACAACAGAGAAGGGUCUGUACUCAGGUAUGGUGGUCUUCUUCCUGGCAUCGCUGACGUUUCCAUAUUCUGCUGGUCAAUACAUGGCUUCUAAGUACACCAUGAAGCAGCUCCUCACUUCCCUGCUGGAUAAUGGGCAAUGGAACUCCCAAUUCCGCAAUGCCUCUCUGCAAGUUGAGCCUUCGCUGGGAUGGAGCUCAUCAGGGAUUCCUGUCUACCUCUCUUUGGCUUUCUUUCUGCUUAUGAAGAUGUGGAUGCUGGUCCUCGCCUGCACUCUUCCUCUGCCUGCUGGAUACUUCAUGCCAGUGUUUGUCUACGGGGCAGCUAUUGGCCGUUUGCUUGGAGAAGGAGUAGCUUAUGUAUCUUCUACUGGAGGGACAUCAGGCCAGCAGUGGGCUUCUAUAAACCCUGGAGGCUAUGCACUCGCUGGUGCAGCAGCUUUCUCUGGAGCUGUGACACACACAUUGUCCCCAGUUCUCCUGGCUGUGGAGUUGACUGGCCAGUUCAGUCAUGCUGUACCCAUCCUCCUCGCCACUCUGCUGGCCAAUGCCCUGGCACGCUCCGGUCACCGCCCAUCUUUCUAUGAUGCAAUCUCCAUCAGCAAGAGGCUCCCACACCUGCCCUCUCUGAGGAAGGCAAAUCCUCGGAUUCCCUCCACACCACUUGGACAGGUUUUGGGAGUGAAAUCAGUCCAGCUUCAAAAAGCAGCAGGGCCAGUGGAGGUUCAGCAUGCUGUCAAUAGCAGCACUGACACACAAAUCCCUGUGGUGGAGUCACAUGAGUCGCAGGUUUUGCUGGGAUUUGUUCUGCCGCCAGAGCUGCUGAUGUUCCUACGUCACUGUAAGGCUGAGGGUCUGGAGAAACAUCUGGAUGAGGUCUGCUGCAUUCACCCAACUUCUGUCCUGUUAUCACCUCACAACACUGUUCAGGAGGCUGUCAGUAUACUGACUCUAGUUGGAGCCCAGACCUUGUUUGUAGCAGACAGAGGAAGGCUACUUGGCCUCAUCACAUGGCCAGAGAUAAAGAGAAUACUGGAGGACUUGGCCGAUGAAAUCUAAGCAGCAUCACACAGGAAAUAAACACAUUGGACGACCGUUUUAUGUCAGCAAAUAUAAAUCCAUCUCUGUCUGAUUAGCUUGUAAGGAAGUCUUUGUUUAUUCAUGAUAACAUCUCAUCAUUCCUCAAGUGUGACAAUAUUUACACAAAACUGUCAUUAACUGGAAGCUCCUAUGAUAAACAUCGAUCAGAGCUCA